CUCGAGGGCCUUCACUGCCCUUAUAGCAACUCGAAAUUUAUUUAUGUGGCCGUUUCACUCCUAUGUGGCACUUAGGAGCUUGGGCACUGAAAAAUCUAGCAUGAGAAUGACAGGCAUCUGAACCUGCUGGAAUACCUCAGGCUUGCGGAGUAACUUAUUUACUAAGUCAGAGGUGCUCUGAGGGAGGGACCAACACGGAGAGGGGGAGAGAGAGCGAGAGAGAGAGAGAUAGAGGGAGUUAUACUUGUACUGUGUGUGAAGGCGGGCCGGAUAAGGAGACAAACAGAGGACUGUGGGCAAGCCAAGCAGGCUUGAGUUACUCUUUAGAUUCGCUCACUGACUAGAGAAAAGGAGCAAGGAAGAGAAGCGAGACCGUGUUUUGCCCUCCCUGCCUUGGGCCUGGGAGCAUGGGCCAGGGAGAUAGCACUCAUGAUCACACACUCCACUCCACUCCUAAUACAGGACAAAAGAAAAUAAAAGGUGCCAAGAAUUCUCAAUUUGCUAACGAUGAUGACGUUGACAACCAGCAGAACAGCACGAUAGGGAAUGACAACCCAAGCUCUGGCAGAGACACGCCUCCGUCCAAACAGAAGGGGAAGUUCUCCAACCUGGGUAAGAUCUUCAAGCCCUGGAAAUGGAGGAAGAAGAAGGAAAGCAGCGAGAAGUUCAAGGAGACGUCGGAGGUCCUGGAGAGGAAAAUUUCAUUGAGGAGACCCCGGCAGGAGCUGAUAGACAAAGGAGUACUAAAGGAAAUCUCUGAGAAUGAGAGUAAUAAUGUGAAAGCUCCCUCAGUAAAGAAUGGCCACACGCUGCCUGUAUCCGGGGACCAGGGGUCAGAAGCAGGGUCAGAGGUCAAGAGCAGGCCACACGGCGAGGAACGAAAGAGCUUAUUGGCACCCGAGCCUGAGCGGCGAAGCCGGAUACCGUCAGAUGUGACCCGUAACCGGCAGCCUCUGGACGUGGAUGCCCGCACACGCAUCCCAUCAGACUCCGAGAAACGAGAGCGAGACGAUGCAAGACACCGCGAACGGAGGGAUGAGAACAGAGAACGCAGGGACGAGAGAGACGAACGCGGGAGAAGGGAUGACAAAGAGGACCGGGAGAAGCGAGAUAGGCGAGAGGAGCGGGAUUCGAGAGCAGAUUGGCGAGAAGAAAGAGAACGGAAGGACAGGAGAGAAGAGAGACGAGACGUCAGAGUAGAUAAAGACGGGAAAGUGGACAGGGACCAAAAACGGGAUGACCGGGAUGAAAGAGAAAAGCGAGAGGACAGGGAAAGGAAAGAUAUAAAAGAGCGAAGGGAUGAUCACAACAAAAAGGAAGAACCUCUUCGCCGCGACGAUAGAGAGAGGAGGCCUGAAAGCGAGAGGAGGGAUGACAGAGAAAGGAAAGAUGACAAGGUGAGAAGGGAGGACCGAGAAAGAAACAGAGAUGACAUUGCGAGGAAAGCCGGGAGGAAGCUUGAGCUGCCAAAGCUGAUCAGGCCUCAAUCUGAGAUGGAUAUGAGAAGCAGUUCGUCUGACGUGGGCCAGAAAAUCCGGCCUGUCUCUGAAAUUGACCACAGGAGCACACUGCCGCGAUAUUCACACACUCAGGAUGACCCCAGGGCACGCACAGGCUCUGUGGGCGUGCGCUUCACUCCUGCCCCUGAGUCAAAGGAGCAGCAGCCUCCACCCAAACAGGCCAUACUUCCCCCAAAAUGGCUGAUGUCCUCCACCGAAUCUGGUCAGGCCUCAUCAUCAUCCUCCUCCUCCUCCUCCUCACUAUCGUCAUCCUCCUCAUCCUCAGCUCCACCCAUUGCUAAGCCCCCUCCUCGCACUGCCUCUCUAUUGGUGGAUGACUCGUCUCGUCAGAGUUCUGUACCCGUGGUUUCAAUAAGAAACCAGGACAACCCGCCUGUUGUUCCGGAUCAUUCUGCCCCUCCCGCCCCUGCUCCUGCUCACACUCCUGCUCCUGCUGCUGCUGCUCCCACACCUGCUCCUGCUGCACCUCCCACCACCUCUGAUGCCCCUGUACCUGCUAAAAUGCCACCUGUUCCCCCUCCCAAACCCACCAACCGUAAUAGUACAUUAAUACUGCAAGUCACAACAUUACCCAGGCAUGCUAACUCUCAGACUCCUCUGCACUGGACCAGCAGGAGAUGGCAGACUGAACAUGGUGCUUACCCCUGUCUACCCAGCUAUCUCUGUCGCCCCCAGCCUUAUCCAGAUGUACCCCCGCCCCUGGUAGUCUCGAACCCAGUUCCUUCAAAGCGCUCUCCUCCGAUUCCUCCUGCAAGGAUGACGCCAGUCACUAAACGCAACUUGGGGGACCCCUCAUCCAAUCAGGCUGAGCCUCCUGCCAGAAGUUCUUCCCCCAACCCUCCCCCCUCCCAGUCAGAAGACAGCAAACACCCCAGCUCUACGGCUGGAACGGUCUCUCCACCACCUAGCCAUAUCCCUCCGUCUCCACCAGGUAUUACUGUGGAGCCUUCGAGCCCCACCACUGAGCCUCCGAGCCAUCCUCCAUCCAUACCUUUGCACAUCCUGAUCCAGCGUGCACUCAACAGCCCUGGCCCUGUAGAGCCCAACCCAGAUGGCAAUCAUAGAGCUCACUCUAUGCUGUUUGAGAUGCCCCCAGAGGUCACAGAGGUCGAGACGAGUGGACGACAUUCGCUUCCUGUCACCAUCGAGCCGCUCAGACUGCCUGAGGAUGAUGAUUUUGACAUGGAGGAAGAGCUGCAAAAGCUGCACCCUCCUCCUCGGCAAGAGCUGGAGGCCGGGAGCAGGUGGGGAUUUGUGGGAGACCCCAUGGUUAUCUUUGAGGACUCGGACAGUGAGCAAGAGGAGGAUAACGACUCAGAUGGACCUAUUCUCUACAGAGAUGAUGCUGAUGAGGAUGAUGAAGAGGAUGUGCCCUUAACUGGUCUGGCCGGCAAAGUGAAACGGAAGGACACUCUGGCUCUAAAGCUGGAGAAACAGCAGGAAAGAGAGGAGAAGCAGGGACAAGAGAACAGCACCUGGAGGAACCGGGAACAGUGGGAGGCCAUGCGCAACAAGAUUGGCACCACCCUCACACGGAGAUUGAGUCAGAGACCAACACCAGAAGAACUUGAACAAAGAAACAUUCUGCAAGCCAAGAAUGAGGCAGACAGACGAGCUGAGAGAAGCGAGAUCAAACGCAGACUUACAAGAAAGUUGUCUCAGAGGCCCACAGUAGCUGAGCUCCAGGCGAGAAAGAUUCUACGCUUCCACGAGUAUGUGGAGUGCACACACGCUGAAGACUAUGACCGGCGUGCAGAUAAACCCUGGACUAAACUUACACCUGCUGAUAAGGCUGCCAUCAGAAAGGAGCUGAAUGAGUUUAAGAGUUCGGAGAUGGACGUUCAUGAGGACAGCAGGAUGUACACCAGGUUUCAUCGUCCUUAGUCGACACCGCCAGAGAGAAGACAACGCGGAAGCGAGAGUACAAAGUUUUGGAAAUCCAGUGGAGCCAUGGAAGCCAUACAAGCUGUACAAGACGCUGAUGUAUCUAAUUUUUGUUUGUUGAGGAUUGGAGUGCAGUGCCAAUCCAGUAGGAACUAAGCUACCAUGGGCUCUUUGAUUUCUGCUGAGUUCAUAUCAGUUGGUGCUAGGCCUUAAGACAGCAGGCAUCCAGGCAUGAGCUGCACAGAGCUCUCUGGAAUUCUGACUGGCCUCAUGGUGCACACAGCUCCUGGUCCCUGUCUGCUGAUUGCACCACCCAAACAGCCUUUAUUGGUGGUUUUGGUGAUGCAGAAACAGAAGCAGCACUGUUUUUUUUUUUCGUAAUCCGGUAUCUAUAUGCAAUAUAUCGAGAUUUUUUUUUUAAUUUAUGUUAAGGAUGGCACUGUGAUCUUUGUACUAUGAACAAAAUGUGACGGUGACAUCAUGGCAUUGUGUGUGUUAGGGCUUGCAUGAUGAUUCAUUUUUGCUAGUCGCCUGGUAAUUUAAAAAAAAAGUUGACUAGUGAUUUUUUUUAUUUUAUUAGUGCAGUUAGAUGCUAAAAAAAAACCCAAGAAGAAUGUGUUAUAAACUGAGCUUCAGUUAACAGCCAUACAUGGGCUAUAAAUUCAAUUCCCAGCUUUUUAGGACCAACCUGUCUGUUCAGCUGAAUUGUUGAUUCUGAAAUUGAGAGCACGUAGCACUGAAGCUCAUGUCCAUCACCAGAGCAUACAGCAGCUUUCCAGUCUCACAGUGAUGCACAAGUUCAAAGUAACGUUCAAAGAAGAGUCUGGAUGAUGCAAUAGUUAAGUGGGAUACAGAUAUUUUGUUUAAAUUUUAAUUAGAUUUAAAGGACAACGGUGUGGGAUUAAAUAAUCCUGCACACAGCUCUACAUUUAAAUAUACAUUUGAUAUUAGUGAUGUGGUUUUUCUUGACUAAUUGGCAUCCCUACAGUGUGACUAUUGAAUGUAUUAGUCAGCUACUUUAUGCAGUCCCUUAGGUGUGUGUGUGCAUGUGUGUAUGUGUGUACAUGUGUGAGACGAGUGUGUAUCUGCACAUGCUGUAACAUUCUGCCUUAUAAAUGCUGAGAUAAAUACUGGUGCCCACAAAAAAAAAAAAAAUCAAUAGAGAGAAAGUUAUGUAAAAUAAUGACAUUAUAUUUACCACUGCUGUUUAUCAUACAUACAUCCAUAUGAAUCUCAGGAUUAGUACUCAAGGGUACCAUCUUCUCUCAAUGUGCAUUUUACUGUUAUUCCUUUUAUUUCAUAUUUGUGUAACACUGUCUGACAAGGGUGUUCAUUUUUUUGUCUUUGCUUCCAAACAGCAACAUGGCACUUCUCCAGAGAUGAAAUGAGCUUAAAUGCAAUAUAGAUCUUUAGUGUAAAGAGAACUGUUAAAAUUGUUGUUACAAGCAAACUGUUCGUGAACCUAAAAAUGACAAAAUGAUGCACACUUUUUGUUUUUUUGUACAUUUAUAUGCUUUUUUUGGUCCAAGUUGAUUUUAUGACACUGUUCAAGGCUGUUAGUAGGCCUCUUUUGUACAGAUAUAUACUGUUCUGAUAAUUGUAUAAUUUUGUCUUCCAAAUGUUUAAAAGAUGUUUUAAUUGUAAUUACGGUAUUACUAAAAGAUUGUGUAUAAGGCACAAAGGUUAUAUUGUGUGUGUACGUAUAUACGUAUAUGUAAGUAGUGCGAAAUGGUACUCAAACUUUUAUUCUAGUAAUUUUUUAUGGUGAAAAAAGACUGAUGUUCAUAAUUCACUUCAUAAGUUGAUUAAAACUCUUAAUUUCUGAUA